CUGGGCUGAAGCUGACUCAAAGUUAUAGGGCAGGGCGGGGUGGGGGGUGGGGGACCGCCGGCUGCACAAUUUGGAUGUUGAAAGAGCCCCCCACUCGCAGCGUCUUCAUAAUCUUAACGUGUUCAUACUGGAGCGAAGGCCGCAGGAGACUAGGCAUCGGAAAACCAUGGCUACUGCCAAGGGAAUUGCCAUAGGCAUCGACCUGGGUACCACCUACUCCUGCGUGGGGGUGUUCCAGCAUGGCAAGGUGGAGAUAAUUGCCAACGACCAGGGCAACCGUACCACUCCCAGCUACGUGGCCUUCACCGACACUGAGCGGCUCAUUGGGGAUGCAGCCAAGAACCAGGUAGCCAUGAAUCCCCAGAACACUGUAUUUGAUGCCAAACGUCUGAUCGGCAGGAAAUUUAAUGAUCCAGUUGUGCAAUCAGAUAUGAAACUUUGGCCUUUUCAAGUGGUCAAUGAAAGAGGCAAGCCCAAGGUGCUCGUGUCCUACAAAGGGGAGAAUAAAGCUUUCUAUCCUGAGGAAAUAUCUUCAAUGGUACUGACUAAGAUGAAGGAAACUGCUGAGGCUUUUUUGGGCCACCUUGUCACCAAUGCUGUGAUCACUGUGCCAGCCUAUUUCAAUGAUUCUCAACGCCAGGCCACCAAGGAUGCAGGUGUGAUUGCAGGACUCAAUGUGCUAAGAAUCAUCAAUGAACCUACAGCUGCUGCCAUUGCCUAUGGUUUAGAUAAAAGAGGUCAGGGAGAACGCCAUGUCCUCAUCUUUGAUCUGGGUGGAGGUACAUUUGAUGUGUCCAUUCUGACUAUAGAUGAUGGGAUUUUUGAGGUAAAAGCCACUGCGGGGGACACACACCUGGGUGGGGAGGACUUUGACAACAGGCUGGUGAGCCACUUUGUAGAGGAGUUCAAGAGGAAACACAAGAAGGACAUCAGCCAGAACAAGCGGGCCGUGAGGCGACUGCGCACUGCCUGCGAGAGGGCCAAGAGGACCCUGUCAUCCAGCACCCAGGCCAACCUAGAAAUUGAUUCGCUUUAUGACGGCAUCGACUUCUACACGUCUAUCACCAGAGCACGGUUUGAAGAGUUAUGUGCAGACCUGUUUAGGGGCACCCUGGAGCCUGUGGAAAAAGCUCUUCGGGAUGCCAAGAUGGAUAAGGCUAAAAUCCAUGACAUUGUUUUAGUUGGGGGCUCUACCCGAAUCCCCAAGGUGCAGAGGCUGCUUCAGGACUACUUUAAUGGACGUGAUCUCAACAAGAGCAUUAACCCUGAUGAGGCAGUAGCCUAUGGGGCUGCAGUACAGGCAGCCAUUUUGAUGGGUGACAAGUCUGAGAAGGUACAGGACCUGCUUUUGUUGGAUGUGGCUCCCCUGUCCCUAGGGUUGGAGACAGCUGGCGGCGUGAUGACUGUCCUGAUCAAGCGCAACUCCACCAUUCCCACUAAGCAGACACAGAUCUUCACCACUUACUCAGAUAACCAGCCUGGGGUAUUGAUCCAGGUCUAUGAGGGCGAGAGGGCCAUGACAAAGGACAACAACUUGCUGGGGCGUUUUGACCUGACUGGAAUCCCUCCUGUACCCAGGGGAAUUCCUCAGAUUGAGGUGACCUUUGACAUCGAUGCCAACGGUAUUCUCAAUGUCACGGCCAUGGACAAGAGCACUGGCAAAGCGAACAAGAUCACCAUCACCAACGACAAGGGCCGCCUGACCAAGGAAGAGAUCGAGCGCAUGGUUUUAGAUGCUGAGAAAUACAAAGCUGAAGAUGAGGUCUGUAGGGAGAAAAUCGCUGCAAAAAAUGCUUUAGAAUCCUAUGCUUUCAACAUGAAGAAUGCUGUGAGUGAUGAAGGUUUGAAGAGCAAGAUUAGUGAGUCUGAGCAAAAGAAAAUACUUGAUAAAUGCAAUGAGGUUCUUUCAUGGCUGGAGGCCAAUCAACUGGCUGAGAAAGAUGAGUUUGAACAUAAAAGAAAGGAAUUGGAGCAGGUUUGUAAUCCCGUCAUUACAAAACUCUACCAAGGAGGAUGCACUGGGCCUACCUGUGGAACAGGAUAUAUGCCAGGAAGUCCUGCCACAGGUCCCAGAAUUGAAGAAGUAGAUUAAUAUUUUCUGGAACUGGAGCGUUCUAGGGUGCCUCUAGGUGAAUUUUAUUCUCAUCUUCAAACAUUGUUAUUGAUUCUUGAAUAGACUGGAUCUGGACCUAAGUUACCACCUCUUUGGGAUUGUGGAGAAGUCUCAUAUACCAUCUUUCACCAAUGUCCUGUUUCUGACUCUGGAAUGGACUUUUAGGAAAAAUAGGCCCCUCUUUGAACCAUUUAAUGAAUUUGAAUGUUAUUUAUUUCCAGUUACCCUAACUUCCUUCUUCCUGUGUGGAUGGCUAUUUGUCACUCAGUAAAUCUGUUCCCAAAGGAAAGUUCUGGUAUCUUUAAGCUGUGUGUACCUUGAAAAGUAAGAAAAAGGAAAGUUCAUGGAGAGAGCAUGUGUUCUCUGAUUGUGAGCUCAUUGUGAAUGAUUAAAUCGGAAAAGGCAAAGU